AAAAAUUAUUAAACCAUGGCUGAAUCAAAGCUUACCGAACACGGAUUCAAAUUCGUCAACUGGGUAGGAGGAGAGGAAGCUGCUGAGAGCUUCGGCAUUUCUCAUGCGGUGAUUAUCCCCCCAAAUAUUCAAACUGUCACAGUCGGAGGGCAACUAGGAAUUAAAGACGACGGCAAGAUUCCCGAAAAAUUGGAGGAUCAGGUGGCUGAGGCCUUUGAUCAUGUUACACGCACCCUCAAGGCCGCAGGGCUGGGAGAUGAUGCAUGGGAAUAUGUCUACGAGGUGCAAACCUUUGAAGUGGCAAAGGAUGGAAAGGGGAUUGCUGAGACUGUGAUCCCCAUAGCCCGGAACCUCUUGAAAAACACCAAGCCUGUGUGGACGGGUGUGGAGGUUGCGGCACUGGUAUUCCCGGGUUUACAUCUUGAGGUGACAGUCAAGGCAUUUAUCCCACCCAAGGGGCAAUAA